UUUCCAGGCUAGACACCAGUUUUGACUUUUUGGCGUCUCGGAUGUUUUGAAGUUGGAGGCAAAUGCAGUCGACGUGAUGUUGCUGGAAGGGAACGCAACUCAUCAAUCUUCGGAGAAAAUUACCAUGGACGAUGGUGUGCCCUAUUUGGAAAUGAAGUCAAGACCAUACAUCUCCUCCAAGGAGAAUGUGCCUGUCGAAGCCUCCACACAACCCCCUCACAAAGGAGAAAAACACGACUCCAGCCUCAGUAUGCCUUUCAGCAAUGACUUCGAGAGGACAAAACAGAAAUGUCAGCAGGACUUUCGAUUGGACUACAGGCGGCAUGUAUCACAGAGAAAGGAAUCAGAUUCUGGACAAACCUCUGCUCAACCCCAGGAGCUCUCUCUACCUAUCCGAGAGAGAAGGUCUGCCAAGGCCCGGCUGAGAGACGAGAGGAACAGAGAGUACAACGCCUUCCUGAAGCAGAAAGGGGCUCAGGCUGGGACCAGAACAUUGCCAGACUACCUGAAGUCCAAACCUACAGCCACCACCACCUCCUCUUCUCCCCCACCUCCACCACCACCUCCGCUGGCCGGCUCCCAGACCGAACCGAGGGGAGUGGGUGCCCCCAACAGGCCCCGCAGGGACGCGGCCACCCUUACAGACCCACGUUCGGAGGAGGCCGCCCCCGCACCUGCACCACGCCGCCACUGGGGGGACGGGCCCCUGCACGCGGAGCGCCGGCCCCGUAGGCUGCGGAGCUACUAUGUCUACUCUGACGAGGACCUCAGCUACGAGGAGGGCGAGGAGGGGGAGUAUGGAGAUGAGGAUGAGGAGCUAGAGCCGCAGCACGCGCCACAGCCCCGCAGGCAGCCCACGAUACCCAGAGACGAGCCCGCGUACUCGGGCAAGAGGGACCGAGACCGGGACAGGAGAGGCCACCAGCACAGAGCUGACAGAGUUGCCCCGGAGAGGCGUGUGGUCCAGGCCCCCAUACUGCGAGCAGAGGAGGUGGUCGAGGAGAGCAGACGCACGCUCUCGGCUAUGCACAACCACAAUCUGCAGGCAGAACCAGCGCCAGCCAAGACCAGCGAGCGGUCCAGAUCAGCAGCCAAUAAGAACAUGGCCGACUUCUCCACGGGACUCAUCAUAGGUGCGUGUGAAGGCAACGUGGCGCAGCAGAGGAGGAAGGAGCGCUACAGACAGGAGCUGCUGGAGCAGAUGGCAGAACAGCAGAAGAACAAGAAGAAGGAGAAGGAGCUUGAGCUGAGAGUCGCUGCCUCUGGAGCUGUGGAUCCUGAAAAGCAGCCCGACCGGAUCAAGCAGUUCGGUGCCGUGACCCGCAACUACGAGCGGAGGCAGCAGAGAGACGUGCCGUACCGCCCGGGCCCUGGGCUGGAUUCCCUCGGCGCCGACCCGGCCCGGAAACCAGGGGGGCCCCCACCACCACAGGACCGGUUCGGUGGCGAGGUUGUGGAGGAAAGGGCUCCCCCAGACACACCCCGCGUUGCCUUCCAGUCACCCCCCCUCAUAGACUACAGCAGCAGCCUGGCCCAGCUGGGCGCAGGGUUUGGGGGCUCGGGGGUGGGCAGAGUGGACGUGACCGGGGGGGUUCACAACAAUGACGAGUUCCACCGCAACAUGGCCGGCACUCUGGGGGAUAUGAUCACACCCAGGGUGACAGGUGCUCCUCCGCCUGCGGCCCCAGUGUUGCCGGAUGCCUACCGCACCCCCUACGAUGAGGCCUACUACUACUACGGAGCCAGGAACCCCCUCGACCCCAGCCUGGCCUACUAUGGCCCUGGAGCUGUCGGCAUCCCUCCCUACUCUCACCUGCCCCUGGGGAUUCCAGCACACCUGAAGGCCGCUCAUGCAGGGACGUUCACACAAGUGCCUGGUCAGCUUGGCCUGCCCCCCUCAGGAAUGGGGGUGUUUGCAGCAGACAGGUCCAAGCAGUCCAAGGACAGCGCUGUGCUAUACCAGGAGCAGCUCAGGCAGCAGGAAGAGAUCAGGGAUGAGUGGAGGCGGCAUUUCCGAAAGAUCCGUGAGCGUCAGGAGCGGCGCAUGCGUGAGCGCGAGGAGCAGGAUCGGUACGAUGCGCGUCUGGAGGCGGAGAUGAAGACCUACGAGCCCUGGGGACGCGGAGGGGGAGGGGCACCGCUCAAGGAUCACCACGGAAACCUCAUCAGCGACCUGAAGAGAAUGCACCGUGUGAACGAGGAAGCCUACCUCAACCCCGAGUCACGCUGGGACACGGCCCCCUCAGGACGCAACGCCCCCACGCCACGCGACGACCGCGUCACCUCCCCACUCAUCAUGGCAGCAGCAGGUCAUCCUCAGGGUGGAGUGUAUGCCAGAGGCAACGUCUUCAAGGACGUCCCCACACCACAGCAGCUGCAGGAGCAGGACCGCUACAAGGAGUACCUCAUGCAGCAGAUAGCGGAGAAGAGGCGCAAGGAGGCGGAGGAGCGGGAGCGACAGCGCAUGGAGGAGGAGAAGGAGGAGAAGAGGCUGCUGGAGCAGAGGGCUCAGAUCCAGAAGGAGUACGAGGAGGAGCAGGAGAGGAGGAGGCGCAAAGAGAUGGAGCAAAUGGCCAAGAACGAGGAGCUGGUGCGGCAGGCGGAGGAGAGGAGGGAGGAGGCGGAGAGGAGGAAGAGGCAGGAGGAGGAGCGCGCCAGCGAGGCCCUCAGGCUGCAGCACGAGAGGGAGAGACAGGCACGCCUGGAGGAGGAGCAGAGGGCUCCCUCUCCCCCCAUCCCGACGCUGCAGAAGUUGUUGGGGCGCCAGCGAACCCCCAGACCCCCGUCUGGAGAGAGCCAGCGCUCAGCCGGGGCAUCCACGGCGCGGUCCCUGUCGGCCCCCCACUCUCCGCCUGUGCCUGCGUGUAAAAACCAGCUGAGGGCCCGAGGGGAGCAGCUCACCACCAGAGAGGAGAAGCAGAAUGUGAUCAGUGAGCUGUCUGCUCUGAGCCGGCAGCUGCGUAACGAGCAGAAGAGGCUGGAGAGGCAGAAACUACAGACGGAGAGAGAGGAGAUGGACUCUGCUCUUAGAGACCGGCCUAAGGAGCGCACCCUGAAGGAUGUGUUUGACAUGGCACGCCUCCGCCUGCAGGUGGCAGCCAAGAGGCCCGGCUCUAAGACACAAGGCCCCACCCCCGGCCCCGCCCCCGUCAACAUGCAGAACAUACACGACUUCAACCAGCUCAGGAACAGGGCCUCGUCAUCUCGUGAGGAGGUUCGGCAGGCGUAUCCUGAGCCCCCGUAUGACGACGGCAGUCUGGAGAUUCAGCAGCAGGCUCUGCUACGACAACAGCAGCGCAAACUGCAGAACAUGAAGAAGGAAAAACACACCGAUUACUUUGAUCUCACCUCCUCGUCGCGUCCGUCCCAGCACCAGAGGCUGGAUUCUGCAGAAGAUGGACCAACACCCACACUGCUGCAGUCAGAGAGUGCCUUCAUUGAUUCCCAUGCUGGCGUGUUUCCUGGCAGCGAGGAGGAGGGGCGAUUGGGGCGUGAGGGGAGAGAGGGGCGGGGCUCAGCGCGAGAGAGGAGGAGACACGCUCGCAAGAUGGAGUUCCAGAAGGAGCUGGAGGGCCCUGCCGAGGGCCUGUCUGUCCGCAGCCCCAACGUGGCCAGCGUGAGGGAUCGCAACCAGCAGCGGCUCCGGAGACUGGACACCAUGAGCCAGCCCAGCAUCAAGUCAGGUGAGCUGUGUCCUGACGAUGACGAUUUCUGGCAGACGUCUCCUCCUCUGCCGCUGGAUGACAACCGGCGCGUCUCCGUGGAUACGGUUGCCACGGAGCCCUGGCUGAGGCCCGGCACCGCCGACAGCAUCAAGCACUUCCUGUCGGGGCCUUUCUUCAAGCCGCUCGGCAGCGACUGGCAGCAGCAGCAGCAGCAGCAGCAGGGACCCUCCACAUACCACGGAUGACGCCAGGACAGCUAGCCGAGCGCCGAUCCCUCUUGCCCUAUACCCACCCACCGACCACAGAUGACGCCAGAAUGGCUAGCCGAGCGCCGAUCCCUCUUGCCCUAUACCCACCCACCGACCACAGAUGACGCCAGGACGGCUAGCCGAGCGCCGAUCCCUCUUGCCCUAUACCCACCCACCGACCACAGAUGACG